UUUAAAAUUUAGAUUUCGAUGGUCGUUUUUCCUGUUUGUGUUUUGAUUUUAUUAAUUUUGCUAAUUCCUUAUUAAAAAGUUUUGUUUCUUUAUACCGAGCUUAAAUUACAUUUUAAUUAAUUUAUUUCUCUAUUUUAAGUGGCGAAAUAAAAGUAGAAAAUUCUAAAUGAGACGAUCAAACUCUGCCUCAAGUAUUCCUUUACCAAUGUCCCUGCAAAAUCGUCGAGAGUCAAGGGAAAGAAUGAGAAGUUCAAUAGCAAAGGGAAAAGACAAUCCAUACCAGCUGGCCCCCAGGAGAGAACUUAGUACUGAACACCGCACUCCAGACAUUUAUUCCAAGAGAGAUCCAAGUCUUGAGAAUAACACACCUGCAUAUAAAAAAAGUUUGUUUGGAAGUGACAGGAAAUUUUCAAACCCAAAAGAGAGGAAAAGAAGUGCAUCUCUCUCCAGUUAUGGAUCCAGGGGUUCAAGUAUAAAUAGAAUGACAAAAUCCCCUGGGUCAAAAAGUGUAAUGCAGCAACAGAUGAAUGACAAGAAAUGGGUUGAGGAUAACUUUAAAAAGAUUCAAGAGUAUAUUAGAACCAGUGGUAAUUUUGAUCCGGAGCUUAGCAGACAGUUAAAACCACCAACACUAGCAACAUUCGUGCAAAUAACAUCAGACUUGUUGAAUCAAAUAUUUAAGAAUAUUCACCUAAAUGUACAGAAUUAUGGUGAUAUUAUAAUUCAAAAUCUAAAACUGCUUAGGUAUCCUUGCCAAGUGAAUUCUUCCACUUUAAAAACAAUCAACACCAAACAUGCUCAUUCUCAUUUUGUCUCAAUCAUUUCAUGGCUGAUAGACAAAGUAAACACCACAAACAUCAUGAGUGACUUUAUUGAGAACCAGGAUAUAGAAGUACAAAAAUCUCUUUUAAUAGAUCAGGAAAUUGUUGAAUUUAUGGGAGCUUUAGUGCCAAGUGAAUCGCAGGACAACCCAAAUCAAGAGGAACUUGAGAGAAACCUUUGUGAUGGAAUAGCAGAGAUAAUAGGGGCAGAUAAAGAAAAAGCCAUGCAGCAGGAAGAAAUCUUGAAUUGUGCCAAGAGGGAUGCAGAUCUUGUACAGGAAAAAUUACAAGAAAUUCUGGCGGAAAAUGCAAACAUCUUAGCGGAGAAUUUGAGAAAAAUGGAGGUUAUUAAGCAAUAUGAGGAAAGCGACAAAAACAGGGAACAAACACUAAAAGAUGAAAUAGAACAACUCACGGAGCUUUUGGCAAAACAUGCAGAACACCGUGCGAAUAUUUUAAAAUCGAUUAAAGAUCUAGAGGAAGGAAUCGCAAACCAAGUUUGCACGCACACUCAAAAGUUGGAAAUGCUUAACGAAAUUGAAGAACUUAAGAGAUCAAUUGAGCGAAAAGAACGCCAGCUGGCUGAAUUUUGGAAUAUUAGGGUAGAUCUUGAUCAUAAGCGUUCAACUUUAGUCAGAGAGAUUGAAAAUAAAGUUGACGAAUGGAACUUGUGUAUUGUAAAGUCCUUCUUGCCGGAACUAAAUGAACUGAAAUUACGCACAAAAGGAUUUUCUUCUCAAGGCUUUUUGGAGGAAAUUCUGGAGGUGCGCAAACAAAGUGGCGAUUUACAAGAGGUACUGUGCAAGGAAUACAAGAACAAUCUGAGCGAGCUAGAGAGUUUAGAAAAACAAAAGAUCAAACUGUUUGAAACUAACAUGGUUAUGGAUUCAACUAGAAAACGACUAGAUAGGCUUAAACAGUGUGUACAGGAAUUGGAGGAUAAACAUAAACAAUUACUUAUGAAUACGGAAGUUUUCGAAGCCCAUCAUAAAAAUAGCAUUAAAAAAAUUAUGGACUUGGGAAACACAAAACAAGAGGAAUGUAAAGGGCGUAUCGAGGAGCUCAGUAGAGAGACUCGAAAAUUAAAAAAAGAAAUUUACAAUACGGCCAAAGAAGGUAUUGAAAUUUGCGCGAGUGAGCGAAAUAACGUCUUAAAUAUUGCGAGACAAGUUGAGGAGGCUCAUCAAAUAGCAUUAAAUGAUAAUGGACGUAAAUUGAUUAAAUCUCAGAAUGAAGCGCAACGGAUUUUAAAUAUUGUGGAACAAUUGGCGGAAGCUAACGCACUUUUGAAGUGAUAUGUGAAUUAAUACAGUGUUAAGUUAGAAUUUUUUAAUGUUUAUAAAUCAGACGAUAAUUAAUAGAAACAUACUUAAAAACUUG